AUGCCUGUUCUCCUAUACCUGCUGCCUCUACUACUACUACUACUAGUAUUUGGACUUGCUGUUAUAUGCAGUGAUGCAGCAGCUCUUGUUCCCAAUGUUGAACAUCCUACAAAUUGCAUAGAGAGUGAGAGAAUGGCCCUUCUUGAUUUCAAGAAGAACAUUAUUGAUCCAUACAACAACCUAUCUUCCUGGGUAGGACAUGCAUGCUGUUCUUGGGAUGGUGUUCAAUGUGACAACACAACUGGCAACAUCGUAGGACUGGCCCUGGGCCAGCACGGAUCAGUAAUUUUCCAUCUGCAGGGAGGUGAGAUCUCUCCAACUUUGCUUUCUCUUCAACACUUGAAUUAUCUUGACUUGAGUGGGAAUGACUUCAGAGGAACAAAUGUUCCAUCAUUCAUCAGCCAUUUCAAGGAUUUGAAGUACCUCAACCUUGCCAGAGCUGGCUUUGGAGGACCUGUUCCUUCCAGUUUUGGAAAUCUCUCCAGUUUGCAGACUCUUGACCUCUCAUAUAAUGAUGGAGUUUAUGUUGAUGAUGCUGCUCAUCAAUGGCUUUCUCAUCUUACUUCAUUGCAACACCUUGUUUUCAGUGGUGUCACCUUUAGCAGUCACUCAUCCAAUAGUUUGUUUCUAGCUCUGAACAAACUUCCUUCCAUAAAUGAGAUACGUCUGUCUGAGUGUCAGCUUCAAAGUAUUCCUCCUUCCAUUCCCCAUCUGAAUUUCUCAUCUCUCUUAGUUCUUGAUCUCUCGUUCAAUUCCAUCAAUUUCUCAGUGUCUCCCUGGGUGUUCAAUCUCAAAAGCCUUGAAUAUCUAGAUCUCAGUAACAAUAUUUUUGGGUCAUCUAUCUCUGCAGAUUAUUUGUCUAGUAAUUUUAGUACUGACAUAGCUAAAGGCGUAGGCAAUCUUUGUAACCUGAAAACUCUUGAUCUGUCCGACAGCAACAUGGGCAUGAGACUAGCAGAACUCAAUUUUACUGGGUGUAUUAAGGAUAGUCUGCAGCUCAUUUGCAUUUAA